AUGGCCGACGGAGAGGUGCCCCGGACGGGAUUCAGCCUGCAGUUGCAAGCUGCUUUGGAGAAGUGGAUGCAGCCGGGAUUCAAAAGGCAGGAUCUGGGCCGGGCGGCUCCCAAAGCGGGCGAGGAGCUGGGAGGAGACCGGAAGAGCUGUCGAGGGCUGGAGGGAACGGAGCAACUGGUAAAACAGGAGCCGGAUCUCCUCUCUCAGCAGUGGGAAGCCCAGUGGCAGGAAUUUUUGAAGAUGACUGAGUCCCAGCAGCCCUGGGGGGUUGUGUCCCUGGUCCAGGAGGAGCCCUCGCCCUGGAAUGACGCCAAGGCCUUCCUGGCUUCCUUCGAGCAGGUGGCUGAGGCCUGCCAGUGGCCUAGGGAGGAGUGGGCAUCCCGGCUGCUGCCCGCCCUCCGAGGAGAAGCCGAGCGAGCGUACUGCAAUCUGGGAAGCGCCGAGCGAGAGGAUUAUGGGAAAGUGAAGGCGGCCAUUUUGCAGAGGGACUCCCUGAGCCGCGAGAAGCUGCGCCAGCACUUCCGCCGCUUCUGCUACCAGGAGGCGGAGGGCCCGCGGGGGGCCUAUAGCCGCCUGCAGGCGCUUUGCCACCAAUGGCUGAAGGUGGAGCACCACUCCAAGGAGCAGAUCCUGGAGCUGCUGAUCCUGGAGCAGUUCUUGGCCAUCUUGCCGCCCGAGAUCCAGAGCUGGGUCCGUGGAAACAGCCCCGAGACCUGUACCCAGGCGGUGUCCCUGGCUGAGGACUUUCUGCAAAUGCACGUGGAAGGGCAUCAGGAGCAGGAGGUGCUCAAGGAAGUGAGGGAUGCUGCAGAGGAUUGUGGGAAGGGACCACUGUUCAGGGAGGCUAAUCAUGAGGGGAACUCUGGAGAUGCCGGUGAAGGGAGUAGAGGCGUUGACAAAAUGGAGAAAUAUGGACUGGAGAAUUCUGAGCCCGAAACCUCGCACGAGAUGCUCAGCGGGCGAACGGAAGAGCCGGUGGCUCACUUCGGGGAUCAGGAAAACCUUUCCCAAAGCCAAGACAGACUCCUUUGGCCGCACAAAUUUCUUCCCAAGGAAAUGGGCGAUAGCGCUGUUCCUUGUCGAGGAAGUUACCGGGAGCUCGGCCAGACCAAAACGCCCAUGGUUAAGAAGUACACCGCCUCCAGCGUUAUCGCGAGGAGUUUCUACCAUAAAUCAAACUUUGCGAAACAAAAAAAAAUCCACCCGGGAGAAAAAACAUACAGCUGUUUGAAUUGCGGGCGGAGAUUCAGCCGUAGGUCGAAUCUUAAACGCCACGAGGGCAUCCACACAGGGGAGAGACCCCACGAGUGCUUGGAGUGUGGGAAGAAGUUCACUCGGAAGUCUUACCUCCUGAAACACAGCACCGUUCACAUGUACGGGGCCGCCACAUAGCAGUUGGCGAGAAAAGACGGAAAUCGGAACUGUGGGAAAACGAGUCGAAAAAAGUUGGGGAUUUGAUUCUCCGUCAGAUCUUUAUUGUUCUCAGGGAGCUUCUGUUGCCGGCUACAUUGGAAAUCCCGGGAAAUACUAAAACCUGGGGGAAAUGUUAAUCUAGGGUACACAAUAUGGAUGAUUCCUCCGGAGGUUUAUAGAUUUUGGGGGAUGAGCCCAUAAUGCACAGGAGAAGGAGGGAGAGAUGCCAGUUUGCUUCCCCCUCACUCCUCUUUUGAGUUACAGGAUGCCGUAACUCAGUCCCAAGACAAUUAUGAUUUGGGAUAUUGUUAUUUGGGAUAUUUCGUCUGUGAAAACAGGAGUGAAGACAUAUAUGCCGAAGCUUAAAUCCGAAUGUCUAUUUGGAAGGCUGGCGUGUUUCUAUAUAACAACGCAGAAGAUGUUAAAUAUAACUAUGAGACGGUAUACACUUUGAAUUCCUCCACGAGGAACGGCUGCCACGCAAGAGAGGAGGGGAGCUAUUCCAUGGGGAAUUAGAAACACUCCCGCAUCAAAUCUGAGUGAUCCAAAUUCACUCGUAUUCAUCAGAGCAGAUUGCUUCUUCCAAGAUGAUACAGGGCAGGGAUGUCAAACUGGUGGCCCGCGGGCCAGAUGUGUCACGCGCAGGCCACACCCACUCUGGCUCCGCAAAGCCAAAAAACGUCACGAUAUACCACAUGGCGCGAUCGAGUUUGACACCCAUGAUACAGCAAAUGAGACUCUUCCCUCCCCCACCCCCCUUGCCAUAUUACUUUACAGUUUUUCCUUGGUGGUUUGGUCUAUUUCAAUGUUUCUGAACCUUGGCAACUUUAAGAUGUGUGGACUUCCACUCCCAGAAUUCCACACAUCUUAAAGGUGACGACAUUCAGAACUCCCAGUUUAUUUGAUUCCAUUGAUACGAUCACCUUCCUUUCCCCCAAGUGAGUAGCUUGUUAAAAACACAAUAUUAUGCAAAAAAUAAAAAUCCAGGACAGGAAAAACAUGACAGAAGAAAGCUCAUUGAAACUUCUAUGGUGACAGCUCCAGGGCCGUCCUACUCAAUACGUGAGGGAAGAACCAGGUUUUGGGGGUCCUUCUAAAAGCCCGGCAGAGCUGGGAUCAUGUGAUUCUCAAAAUGAAUGAUUUGGGAAAAUGCUCCUUCGCCGAAGAGCCUCCUGGAAGAAGAAAAUCCAGAUAGAGCUUUUGAGGAAUGGUUAUUCAUCCCUACAUAUGUAUGGGGAGCUCCUUAUUUGAGACGCUGCGGGAUACGCAGUUGGGUCUCCGUGAUCAUAAUUUGUCCAACUCUUAAUUCUCAAUCCAUCGCCUCUGCCCACUUUCUACUAUUCCUGCCAGCCCAUUUAGAACAGCGUUUCUCACCCUUGUCUCUUUUAAGACGGGUGGACUUCAACUCCCAGAAUUCUCCCCUGCCAGUGUGUGGUUGACUGGGGAAUCCUGGGAACAGAAGUCCAAGCAUCUUAAUGUCGCUAAACUUGAGAAACUCUGGUUUAGAGAGAAAGCUCGCGGCUGGCCUCUGCUUUUCUCCAUUUUUCUGUUCUGAGCCUGCUAGAUAUAAUCCACGUUUCUCUCUCUCUCUCCCUCCCCAUGCAUACAUA